AAAACGAGACGGCGAGCGGCCAGGAGAAAGGCGAGGAGAAGUGCGAAGAGCCGGUGCAGGAGGUGAGCUGGGACGAGAAAGGGAUGACGUGGGAGGUGUACGGGGCUGUGGUGGAGGUGGCGGUGCUGGGCUCGGCCAUCCAGAAGCACCUGGAGAAGCAGGUGAAGAAGCAAAAGAUGCAGGCCUCGCUGCCGCCCCCUCCCCCGCUCAACCCCUCCGCCACGCCCCUCGCCGCAGAGCCCACCCCGAGGGGGGCCGGCUCGGGUAAGGGCCGGGCGGGGAAGAGGGCAGAGAAGGAGGGGAAGGUGGGCCGGCGCAGGAGAAACCCCUUCCGGCAGCUGAUGGAGAACAUGCAGCAGCCACACUGCUGCUCCAGAGCUCACACCACCGAGUGA